GAUAUCUGCCCUGCACACAGUCCGUCCUGUGUUGUGUUGAGCUGCAGACGAAGCGUUGAGUUUUAGAACCAGUUAAAUCUAAAACCAUGGCCAAGGACAUGACUUUUCUGUGGGGCUCCGGCUCUCCUCCCUGCUGGAGGGUGAUGAUCGUGCUGGAGGAGAAGAACCUGCAGGGCUACAACCACAAACUGCUCUCCUUCGAGAAAAUGGAGCACAAGUCUCAAGAAGUGUUAGAUAUAAAUCCCAGGGGGCAGCUUCCGUCCUUCAAACAUGGAAACAACAUUGUGAACGAAUCCUAUGCGGCUUGCUUUUACCUGGAGAGCCAGUUCAAGUCUCAGGGAAACAAGCUGAUCCCAGAAAAGGCAGAAGAACAAGCACUGAUGUACCAGCGCAUGUUCGAGGGGCUCACAUUCUACGAAAAACUAAAUGCAGUGGUCUACUAUGAAUGGUACGUUCCUGAGGGUGAGAGGCAUGACUCCGCCCUGAAGAGAAACAGAGAAGCUCUGACCACUGAGCUCCAGCUCUGGGAAGGUUACCUGCAGAAGCUGGGCUCUGGCUCCCACCUGGCGGGAUCGUCUUUUACGCUGGCAGAUGCGGUCGUUUUCCCAACGGUUGCCACUGUUUUCAGAUUUGGGUUGUCUGCAGAGCGUUACCCUAAACUGGGAGAGUAUUACGCUCUGCUGAAGGAGAGGCCCAGCGUCAAAGCCAGCUGGCCGCCUCAUUGGCUGGAGAACCCCAAAGGACAAGAAACACUCAAAGACAUCUGAAAUGCAUUUCAGCUGGAUCUGGGAAAGCACUUCUGGUUUUCUUUUAGUUGCAUUCAUCUAAACUUAAAUGUAGUCUCAGCUCAGUUUGUUUAGCUGGAUGAUUUUUCUGUACUUAUAUAGUUGGAAGGUACUAAUACACAACCUGAUUUGUUUCUGUCACAUUUUUGACCGAGGUAUCUGAUUAACACAAGUUAUGUGAAGCUGUUUGUAACAAACACUGGCAGCAGACCAGUUUUUCAUUCAUUGUGUCUCUAACGUCGAUCUACUGUAGCCAUGAUAUCACAGCAGCAGCUUUUCCAGAGUUUAAGUUCUUCUCUGAAGUGAAAAUGUGGGUCUUCUGCAUAUACUGUGUUGUAAACUGGUAUAGUAGGGUUAUAUGAGGCCACAUGAGUCAAAGUCUGAGAGUAAGAGAUAAAGGUUUGCACUAACAAUAGAAAAGGUAGUCAUGAUGUGUGUUUUAUGGCUUGUGCAUAAAACCGGUUUACCCUGCUCAGAGAUAAGUCAGUUAUGCCUUGUUACCAUGACUUGCAUAAAUCACAGCACUAUAUUGCAUCCUCAGCAUGAUUUUUCCUUUCAUUUUGAAUCUGUGGCCAAAACUUUGUGUUUUAUGUUGGUCACCUCUAAUAAAAAAAAAAGUUCUGCUUUAUAUCUCACUUAAAUAAGGCCGUACUAGAGAGUUAUCUCGUCCUUGUUCAUAAUGAGCCACAGCUUGGACUUUCCUUGUUUCCUAAGGUCAGCCACAAACUAAAGAAGCAUUAAUGUUUUUAUUUUCCAAAAGAAAAGGACAGCUUUAAAGGCUUAACUACCCAUCCACACCCUCUGUGUGAGAAAACUCAAUUUAAUGAUGCUGUAUGUUGUUGCACAUAUUUGCUCAAACAGCAUGUCUUUGACCUGUCGUUGCAAAGCUCACCUCUGCAAACGCACUGAAGUAAUGCUUCUUAUUAAUCAUCAAGUUUCAUACAUUUCUUUAUAAAACAAGAUAAAAGCCAUAAAGAAGUUGGGGAUUAACUCCUGAGAGUUAAGAAUGUAUGUCUCAGGAGAUGAAGGAUGAUCAAACUGAAAAGAAAAGCAAAGUAGAUUCCUUUCUUUACAUUUUAAUUCUUUUUUUGUUUUGAGAAUGUGGAUUUGAACAGGUGGAGGUAUAAAUCCUCACUAAAGUUAAAAGUGCACUUAAUAAAAAGCAGGCAACAGA